AUGGUGGGCAGAGAAUCUCAAAGAAAAUUGCUGCACAAUGUAAGACCGAUGUCGGAACCUUGUUCGAUAUUGAAAUCAAACUCACAGUAUCAAAGGACUUCACAAAAUUCUGGAAAUAAAAACAAGCAAAGCAUGGUCAAAACACAAACUGGAAGACAGAGGGAUGUUAGAAGAUCUUAUCAUGCACCUACAAAGUCUAAUGCAUACGACAAACAGUAUUGUAGUCAAACUUUGGUAUGUACAAGACCUCACUCAAGAAACACCAGCUCACAAUUAACGAGUUUGGGUGCCAAACCGCUGCAAAAGAAUGCUACUACACAGAGCAGCCUUAAUAAUGGUGCUAAACUUUAUACCAAAACGUCAAACAGUAAUUUUGUCUCUAAUUAUGGAAGAUGCCUUUCAGCUCCUUCAACUAGAAGUUUUUAUAGAACAUCGGAACAGCACCACGCCAAAUGUACACUCGAGGGUGAAUUAAUUAAUGGUAGCAAAGUAAAUCUGAGGACAAAACAUAGAUGUAUGUCUGCUCCGAAGAUUUCGAGAAAUGUUUUAUCUGUUUGUAAUACCUUAACCAAAGCAAGCCCCAGCAAUCGACAAACGGUGCAUCCGAGGUCGGCGGAAAAGUUCUCCAACUCUUUGCUAUCAAAGACUAUUGAAUUUGACAAGGAAUCGAUGUCAGACGUGAUGUCAUUUUCUGAUGACAUCAUCGAGCUGCAAUUGGAUGCAUGUUCGACAAGCGAUGAUUCGUCAGUCGUGGAUGUUAGAUGGAGACCUCGAUCUUGUAUUUCGUUUAGAAGAGUAGUUGAGCUUGUACCCAAUUCCAAGCAUCAUUGUGUGACUCCUCUGAAAAACAGACCUCACUCUUCUCCAAACCCGGUAAGACCACAUAUAAUUGUUUAGGAUUAUGAGUUCAUUGGCGAAGUAAUUUUAAAAAUCGACGUUGUCUAAGCCGAAAAUAUUAAAACCACUGGUGAUUUUCUUUGUCUUAUAUCUCAUGCUAUGAUUUGUGUGCGCGAAUCACAACUGGCUUACUAUCGCAUCCGGAAUCUUUUGAAAAUUGCUUUUAUAUUAAUAUGUAAAUGUGUAAAAUUAUUAUUGAUAUUGCAAUAUAGCUGUCAUGUUAACAAAAACAAUUGUGUACACUGCACUUGUGCAGAGGGAUUAAUCGGCCCUCCAUUAAAACAGAGCAUUUUAAAAUGAACGCGUAUCCUUCCAAAAUUAGUACCAUUUUGCGAAUUAGUACCAUGAAACAUUGACAGAAAAUUAAACUAUUAAAAUGUUGAAAAAACUCGGUCAUGGCUGUGACAAACAGCUAGGGUUGAAAAAUUACAUAGCUGUACUGGAUGGCUUUCCUUAGCGACGUGAAAAAACACCUAUUAGUACCUUUUAGGAACGCUAUUUUCAGAGGAAUUAUUGCAACGGAGAGAUGUUGUUUCGCUCAGCUUCUGAAAGUUGUAUAAAAAAAUUCCGUAUCGGAUAGGUGCUUUUUCGCGCCGCUACGGGAAGCUAUCCGGUAUAAAGCCGUGAACUUCGACGUUUCGAGCGAAGAAGACCUUUCGUUUGGAAGCGUUGCAACUAACAUGCCGACGAAUGGCGGAAUGGCCUUCGCUCUGAACUUGAAGAAGUUCUGCCUGUAUUUAUAGUUGUUAAUAUACCAUAGAAUUACCAUCAAUCUUUAUGUAUAGAAUUCUUAAUGGUCACACCGCAUCCAAUCUAAAAUAAUCUUUUCGACUAAAUAAUGAAACAGGUAUAACACAUAUACAACCGGAGAAAUAUAGAAAAGGGUGCUUUGGAAAAGGGUGCUUUGGCUACAGUGGUGUUGUACUUUGGAACAAUCUUCCUUAUGAGGCAAAACGACUGCAUCCAUAAGCUCCUUCAAAACUAUUGAAACAAACGAUGAGUUGAAGCCGGCUCGUUUAUUUCCGGCUAUAUUUUGUCUUCUUGUGGUAUCAUGUUGUACUGCGGUGAAUUGAGUGGUUUACAUGAGGUAUAAAACUGGCCGUUGACAAAGAUCGUGACUCUAAUUUUACGACCAUAAGGAAACCAGGCUUUAAAUUAUUUUAAAAGUCUGUGGAAACGAAAACAGCGCAAAAGCUUUGUGUGUUAUGCCGCGUCCUUUGUAUUAAAGAAGCCUUGGAUUAAAUAGGGAUUUUUUCCAAGUAGGCUGUAUAAAGUAGUGUGAUUUAAAGCUUAGUUUACCAUAGAAUGUUUAUUUUGCACUUUGUGUAUCGUUUAUGACCGUUUAGUUUUGUUUGGUUGGCAACGAGUUGUGUUGUUAGUUGUUCUUAAUUUGUAAAUUAUGGCGUGAAAGUUGGGUAAAAUAUGGCUAUAUAUAGUUUGUAUAAUAAAAGUCAAGAUAUGUUUGGAAGUGUUUGAUUGAGAAUGUCGUUGGGAAUUUGGGUAAUAUAUAUUUGGUUAAUACAACAGGAUUUUUUCUCAGUAAACGCAAACAUAUUAUAUCAUGUUAAAAUUAAAACGGAAAACUAUAACAGUUGCUUUAUUUGUGGUCAUGAAUUGUUCGUGUUUAUAAUAUUGGGUCACUGCGUGCGUGGCAAAAACUUGCAUCAACUUUCAUCGAACUAUGAACCACUAUAAGUUGAUGAGAGUCAGUGGACAUGAGUCGAUGAGAGUUUGCGGUCAAUAUAUACACGAGCGAGUCGUUGCAACUCUCAUCGUCGUUUGAGCGGGGUUUCACUUUACAGCUAGGCAGGAGGAGACCGCAACACAUGCAUGCAAGAAAGCCUGCGCUGGUUAAUAGAGUCAAACUGGGAGUACUCGGCGGCUGAUAAUGUCAAUGUGGCAAGCUUUGGUCACGGACGCGAAAGGGCAUUCACAUCAAUGCGUCAAUUACUGUGCCAUCGUCAAUCCAGUUGACUCGAUAGCUCAAUUGGUAAAGCGUUAGCCCCAGUUCACUGAAUACCUGGGGCUGAUUGUAUAUAAAGGCCUGUUUACCUUGCAAUUUUUGCUGCGAUUCUCUUCUUCUGAUAAAGUGAUGUAUGUGAACGAAUGGAUCAGUUAGAUGAGGGUACAAUACACUCAGAACAUUCAUGUAUAUAUAACUUAUUUGUACUCGUUCAUAUCCAUCAUCAGCAGAAAAUGGCACUAGUAAUCGCAGCAAAAGUUUCAAGUUUUAACUCCGAACUACUUUUUAACCACUAUAUUUUAUAGCUAAAUCGUAGUUCACUCUACUCGAGUCUAAAUCGUAGUCCUACGCGAUAUUGCGAGCUAAAUCGUAGUUCACUCGACGCGAUUUUGCUGUUGUUACUUUAACUACUAUUUCAUACAACUGACCCUAGGUUCAAAUUCAGCUUAUAGGCUGAGUUUUUACUAUACGGUGUUAGGUUUUUAUUAAUUAUUAUAUAGGAAAUACCUUAACUACCAUGCUGUCUUUAUUUUUCAGAGGCAACGUGUGAAAGCCAAGCUCACUGACCCUUACAAUGUAAGUAUUUAGUUAUGAAUAUUGUGUUCACACUGCUAGUUGUCCCAUGUUGUCAACAGAUUUGGAACAACUUGUUAACAACUCGUAACAACCUUGUUGAUAUUAUCAGACUUGUUGCAAGGUUGUUCAGGUCCGAUGCAGUCAUGAUAUAACAAUAUUGUUAUACAACCUUGUGUCGUCAACCUUGUAACAUUCUUGUUAUAUCGUGACUGUAUCAGACUUGUUAUAACAACCUUGUAACAAGUUUGAUAAUGCCAUCAAGCUUUUUACAACAACUGGGAACAGGCAGUUGUCGACAGAUUGUGAACAAAUCUGUAACAACUUGUUUGCAUACCUGUGACAACUUGUGCGUUUUUACGUUGGUACACGUAAAAAUGCACAAGUUGUAACAAACCUGCAGCAGACUUGUAGCCGAAUGCUGCUCCAACAACUUGUCAACAGGAUGUGUUCGCACUGCUUGUUCCCAGCUUGUUGACAACUUGCUACAAGGUUGUUGAGCUCAACGGACUUGUUACAAGUUGUUCCAACAACUUAUUAUCGUCCUGCAAUUCAACAAUUUGGUCAACAAGUUGUAAUCGAGUGACAACCUUGUAGCAACUUGAUAAAAUAACAGUAUUGUCACAACUUGUUGACAAGCUUGCUACAAGCCUGUUGCGAACACAUUUUGUUGACAAGUUGUGAGAUUUUUACGUGUGUCAUGGCAAGCACAGGGACAAUGACAUCGAUCAACACCCCAAGCCGUUCCACCGUGAUCAGUUAGAAUAUAUAUUUUAAAGGAGAUUGAUAAUAAAAAAUAGUUUAGUUCAUUUGAAAGAACUCUUAAAACUAUAUAUUAAACUUUAUUACAGAUUGUUUAUAUCCUGCUUAGAUUUCAAAACAUUUCGACUGAAAAGAGUGAGCUGUUCGCCAUCUUGGAUUAUUUAGGAUAUGCAUGUUACGUCAAGAGAGGGGUCACGCUAAUGUUUUAUCUUGAGAGUAAGCGAUCAAUAUGGGUCCAAAACUGCAGGACUUCUUUUCUGGUUGCUGUCUGAAAUUUAGAAAUAAUUAAAAACAUUUUAAACAAUUUUGGAUUGUUACUCGGUCAUUUUAGAGUAGUUUUAUAUGGUUAACCCAACUCCUGACGUCAUCAAAACCAGAGUUAAUAAUGAGGUCAAGAAUUAGUCCAAGAGGACAGCUCGUUAAUUUCGUUCUGAAUAUUUCGAGAACUAAGCAAGAUAUGAGAUAUGAGAAAUCGGUAAUAGAGUUUAAUAUAUAAUUUUAAGAGUUAUUUUGAAUGUGACAAACUAUUUUUUCAUUGUCAAUGUCCUUUAACCAUCAAGGCCUAAUAACCAACCAAGCUGCUAUAUUUUUCAGUUUCGUCGUGGAAAUGUGCCGAAGUACAUCAGUUUUGUUGAGCCGAUGCCCGUGCACGAGCGCCCGGGGACUGGGAAGAGUAGUGGUUAUGGGAGCAGCGGGAUAAGUAUGGUUAGCGAGGACCUCUUGGUAUCCGCUGGUACACAGGGGGAGCUGGCGGACAGUGGAGAGGAGUCUGAGCAAGAGUUAGAUAAUGGAUACGAAAAUUUGUUACCGUGCGAUGGAGUGGACCCUAGGACAGCCGAUAUCGAUGACGCAAGCCUGGAAGCUAUGAUGUCAUCGAGAUCUUCGUUCAAUAAGUCUGAACUCGAUGGUGAGUAAAUGUCUUUCCCAAAUGAUUAAAAUAGUCGAAUUGAUUUCUUCGUCAACAGCGCGACCAUCUUGAAUGGUAAAGCUACACGCGUAAAAAUUUCACAUCUUGUAGCAAGUCUGCCAACAAGCCGUCAACAAGUUGCGUUCGCACUGCUUGUCCCAAGUUGCCAAUAAGUUUGGAAUAAGCUGUUAACAAUUUGUAACAACCUUGUUGAUAUCAUCAGACUUGUUACAAGGUUGUUCCAACAAGUCCGAUACAGUCAUGGUAUAGCAGUAUUGUUACAACCUUGUAUCGUCAACUUUGUAACAUUCUUGUUAUAUCAUGACUGUAUCAGACUUGUUAGAACAACCUUGUGACAAGUCUGAUAAUUCCAUCAAGCUUGUUACUACAAGUUGUUAACAGCUUGUUCCAAACUUGUUACAACAACUGGGGAACAAGCAGUCUUGUCGGCAACUUGUGAACAGAUUUGUAACAACUUGUUUGCAGACCUGUAACAAGUUGUGCGUUUUUACGUGUGUACACACGUAAAAAUCUCACAACGUGUCAAUAAGAUGUGUUCGCAACAGGCUUGUAGCAAGCUUGUCAACAAGUUGUAACAAUGCUGUUAUUUAUUAAGUUGCUACAAGGUUAUUGUUGAGAAAAUUGUUGAGUUGCAGGACGAUAACAAGUUGUUGGAACAACUGGUAACAAGUCUGUUGAACUCAACAGCCUUGUAACAAGUUGUCAACAAGCCGUUAGCAACUUGUCAACAGGCUGGGAACAAGCAGUGUGAACACAUCCUGUUGACAAGUUGUUAGAACAGCAUUGCUACAAGUCUGCUGCAUGAGGUUUGUUACAACUUGUGCGUUUUUACGUGCAGUGUAAGUUAUAACGGCAAAAUCUGUUCUUCAAUAGACUACAAUCUGCAUUUGCAUUCUAAUAUGGCAUCGAUAUUGAUAAAAACUAAACUCAAUUCUUGGGAUAUUGUAACGGUUCGCUCGAUAUUAUAACGGUUUAUAUUGAAAACAUUUCCUUUUUCAAUGAACUUCCUUGAAGUACCAUUACUAAACGUUAAAAGCUUUCAUUUAUGAACUUUUGAAAUGACAAAGUAACCAUUUUAAAGAUUUUCGUUCCCUUAUCUUCUUUUUGAGAUUUUCGAGUUUGUGUGAUAUGCAAAUUUGCGGAACUUUUCAAAUUAAUUACAUGUCGACAAAUCAUAUUUCAUUUCUUGAUUGACAACUUAAGCGAGCUGUAUUAACAUAGCCACAGGGAUGACGAUACAAAAAGCUAUAAUGAUUUUGAAUUCAUUUUCUUCUCCCAAGAGUUGACCAAGUAAGGGCAAGUUGUGUAUAAAAUAGCACGAGUCUAUAUUAACAAAAUAGUUUUUAUUCGUGGUUAAAAAUUUUCCCAAUUGGCAAUUCAAACAACAAGUUAAUAAUCUUUUAUACAGCAACGUAUAAUUUUUAUAAUUAUGCUUGCAAAAUAUCAAUACUGUAGUGUAGAUGAGUUGAAUUUAUUUUCCAAAUGCUAUUUUUUCUUUACACGAUUUUAAUUUUUUAACUCGUAUUUUUAAAAUUUUAAUUAAAUUUUACAAGUUUAAAUUUCUCUUGGUUUUCAUGCAAAGCGAUUAAUCAUGCAAGAUAUAUUAUUUUGUCUUUCUGUAUGUUGUUGCUGUAUAUAAUAAAUUUGCACCUGUCGAAAUUUAAAUAUGGCGUAUUUAACAAAAGGCUGCCUCAUCUAUACAGUCACGAAUUUGGUCUUUUUGGUUAAGCCAAGGAAAAUAAGCAAUUUGAUCCAUUAAAUACGCAAGUAUGCAGUUAAAAUUCUAUUUUGUAAAGCGCGCCUGUGUUGUGGAAGUCUUUUAAUGCAUGUAGGCAAUAAAUAUUUCUUUAGGUUUGGUAAUAUAUUAUAUGUGAAAUGGUUUUAGAACUGUCUUGUUUGGAAUAUGGCUGUAGCAAGUUACCUGCUUUGAAUUGUUGCUUACUACUCAGUGGAUAUUUCGCGAGUGCACAUGAAAAUGCACUUGAGUGCACAUUCGAAACAAUAAUUGAACUUGAGGCUGACCGAAUUUGAUCUCAAUGCAGUAACAGCCGUGGACCGAUUUAUGCUAGGGAUAUAAUAAAUUACCCGUCAAAAAGUAAAUUGGGUCUGACUUAUCAUUCUUCUAGAGAGUUGAUGAGAGUUGCAGCUCUCGCUCGUGUUUAACCGUCGACUUUCGGCAAUUCUCACGCACUCUCAUCAAUUGCGAGUUGGUUCAGAGUGUUGCUCGCGUUUAAAUAAUAUCCAGUCAGCUCUCAUGAACACUCUAGCUUACCGGACACACUUGAGUCUUGUUCGUCUCGUUCGACUGGGGCGUGAGAGUUCAGGAAAUUAACAGAAAACUUUUGCUUGUCAAUUUUCGUUAACUCUCAUUCAUCUGGCUAAAUACAGCCCGACCUAUUUUGAAGAAGUAUCUAUUCUAUCGCCUAUAUUGUAAAAUCACACUCAAAGAGUGCGGGAAGUUCAAUCUGAGCUUCCCUUGGGUGUCAGUGCUAUUUUUGAAUUGCUGGAGGGUUAGUGCCGCACCUUAAUAUUUGACUACUCACCCUACAGCUAUUCAAAAACAGAAUUGACACUCAAGGGAAGCUCAGAUUAAACCUUCACUCUUUGAGGGUGCUUUUAGAAUACAGGCGUAUUUUUUCGUCUUGUCGAGUGAUCCGUUUGUUGCCACGUUCGUACACAGACGAAUCAUCAGAGGGACUAUCCUUUCCUUAAUGUCCAACUCCUUCCAGAUUAAUCAUACACAGAUCUUGAAAACGUGUUUAAUGGUUUUGAGAAUCUGACUUUGAAUCUUUCAAAUGUUCCUCAAAGGUGCGUAAAAUCAGUCGGAAUAAUCUGACCCUACAAAACAAUAGAGGCUUUCCCUCAACUUUGCUUUUUCCUUUUUUUUCUAAUUCUCUUCCACUUUUCCUCUCGUUGUCCUUUGUAAACAUCGUUCUUUAAACUUACAUUAUACAUGUCCAAAAAUUCCUACUUUGGUCUUACUUUUUUACAUAAAGAUGCCAGAAAGCCUGACAAUAUCAUAUAUAUUCAUGCGAUCAAUCUGAACAUUGAAAAACACUUCCUGAUCUCAUAUGACUAAUAUUCAGUAUGAGUCCAUCAGAUGUGUCGCAAAUUGAAAAUGUUGUUGAUCCAGAAAUUCCACCAUUUUCAAAAUCUGCAUGGAAAUACAAGACGAAUAAUUUUUUUGCUCUAAUAUAGGAAGCUUUCUUGACGGGGAAGGUUCUAAUAUGGACGGAGAUGGAACAGAGGACAACAUGUUUUCUGGUGAAGAUCAAGAUAGGCUGGAUUCUGCGGAACAGCGCAGUGGAUACGGUUUGAAUGGGAAUGGUGAUUUCACAGAAAUUGAUCCAGCUCUGUUUGGCGAAGCAUUGGAUAGCAAUGAAAAUAAUAAGGUAACUUUCUGUCCAACCCAUUGAGCUCCAACACUUUCCCCAUAAAAUCGUCUGACAUUAGACAGAUCGAGUAAAAUAAUAAAGCAGGGCGCAUUAAGGGUGAACUGCCACUUAAUAGGUAACUACACAUGUGGGCAGAUAGUCGGAUUAACCCAUUGAGCGCCAGAGUUCUCCCCUUGACGAGUAAAAUCGUCUGUUAUUAGACAUAGUAAAAUAAUAAAGCAGGGCGCACUGGAGGGAAACGCAAAUUAAUUAGUUACUAGACACAUAGGCAGACAAUCUGAUUAACCCAUUGAGCUCCAGCAUUCUCUCCUUGACGAGUAAAAUCGUCUGGCAUUAGGCAGAGUAAAGCUAGUAAUAAUGUAGGGGCAAUGCAACUUAAAGGAUUAACCUAACAACGUUGACGAGUCGUCCCUCGUACUGCUUUAUUUGUAUGCAAUAUCAUAUCAAAUACGACAAUUCGGACUGUACCGGCUAUCCAGCUCUGGGACUAAACUAAUUACAGGGCGACAGGAUAUACCUGGUAAAGUCCUCAUCAUCGGAUUUUACGUACUACACCCGUGUUAAUUCUUCUGAAUAUAUUUCACAAUUAAUUGGCUGAUGUAACCUCUAGCUUGCGUGUCUUCCUUCCCGGCCCUUUUACAAUGCGAUAGUUUCCAAAGAAUCCGCCGAUUGAUAACAUCUAAUUCACUGCAUUUUAUACAGUGUCUAGUAGUAAUGUGUUCUUUGUUCCCCCAACUUAUAUAUAUUUGUUACAACUAUAUAUAGCAUAUAUUUCAUUUGUUAUGUCUAUUUUGUCUGGGCUUUAGAGUAUUGGUGAAGACGAUGUUGAUGCCGAUAAGCUUGGCGAUAGCUUGGGAACUAAUGGGACUGAGAACUGGGACCAAAACGAUGGAAAUAUUGAUGAAAGAAAUGGCGGUCUGGAUGAUUCGAUGGGGUAUGAAGAUUACAGGGAUAGCAUAGUUAACUAAACUAACUUUACUUAUAUUAGAUAACCGUUCUAUCAGUUCUAAACUGUUCUCCCUAGACGUCCAGUACAGAUCAUCGCUUAUUGCCGAUCCAGUGUUAUUACAGGAGGAAACCUAAACUGAACUAACUUUAUUUAUACUGGAUAGCUCUAUCAAUUCUAAACUGUUUUUCCUAGAUGUCCAGUACAGAUCAUCGCUUAUUGAUCCAGUGUUACUACAGGAGGAAGCCUAAACUGAACUAACUUUAUUUAUACUGGGUAGCUCUAUCCGUUUUAAACUUUUCUCCCUAAAGGUGCGGUAAGGAUUAUCUCUUAUUGAUCCAGUGUUACUACAGGAGGGAACCUAAACUAAACUAACUUUAUUUAUUUAUACUGGAUAUCUCUAUCAGUUCUAAACUGUUCUCCCUACAGGUCCAGUAAUGUUAUCUCUUAUUGAUCCAGUGUUACUACAGGAUAGAACCUCAACUAAACUAACUUCAUUUAUAUUGGAUAGCUCUGUCAGUUCUGAACUGUUUUCCUCAGAGGUGCAGUAAUAUGCUAUAUUCUAUGAAAUAACAUAUUAAUAUUACACGUUUCAGUAGCCUGCUGAACGAUUCUGAACAAGAAAAACUUGAUGCGGAAAGUGCAUUUGACACCAACGCAAUUGACAACGAAAGUCCAACAGACCAACUCGACUCUGCAGAAAAUGACCUACAAGUGACGUUUUCCGAACCUUUGGCGACCGAUCGACGUCUAUCCACGAAUGAUACCGAAAAUGGCACGAAGUCACCAAAGUCGAUUCUCAAAGGAACGGUCAAUGAUAAAAAUAGAAUUUUCGAACAUGAACUUGAUCCAUCCAUUAUGAGGCGACUGACGUCACCUGAGGAAACUGAGAAACCUCCGACUAAACCCACGAUGGCAAGACGCUCGGCUGACCUGAGGCAAGUAUUUGACAUCUGUCAAGUAGUACCAUUUAUAUAACAACAUUGAGAAUUCAAGCGCUUUCAUUGGUCGAGAGCCUUGAUCUAUUAGAGGACAGACGCACGGAAUUACAUCACACAAAACUUUGUUUCGUGCAAUCAAUCACAACACAUUGACGUGAUUUAGCCAUAUUUGUAUAGAUCCAUGUACGCGUGAUAUUUGUAAAAUUUCGACUUUUUCAAAUUUUUUGGGUGGGUAAAAAGUAAGCUAUUUACCUGUUUAAUUCGGCGGCUCGUGAGCCACUUUUUUGUUCUUCUCAAAUUAUGACGUCAUACUGUGUAUCUAUAACUGAACAGACAACGGCAGAAUCUUAUCUAUUUGUUAAGUAGCAGAUGUGCUCCACAUCACCUAAACCUGCUACUGUAGGUUGAGGGUAUAGGGUAUUUUUCGUUAAAUCAUGUUGCCGCCUUAAGCUGCCACUCUCCCAACUCAAUAUUGAGUUUGUGUCAUGGUAAAUUACUGAAAGUUGUUUUGGCUUUCUUUACAACAUUGGACUGGGGGAGAGGAGAGGAGACGAGAGGACGACGUUUGUUUUGUCAAUGUGCAUUCACUUUGUAAUAUUAACAACAAUGGUCUCAAGGGUUAUGUUCCCGAGAUUGAUUGUAGCUCUUCUACCUCAGCUGAGUUUUGUGAUUGGAAAUGAAACGUAUAGUGCCAACUAGAGGCGCCCAAACUAGCCUCAACUCGGCCUUCGGUCGAACUUCUCAAGAUCGAUUUCUUCUUUCAUUCAAGCUAAGAAAAAUGUGUUUGAUUUCCUUGUAUGAUCUAGACCACAGAGCAAGCCAGAUAUUCUCCUACCCGACCAUGACAGUCAGGCACAGUCCAGGAGCAAACAGACAACUGAUCAAGAAGCGGAACAAACCUCCAGCGACGAUGACGGGUAAGACACGUUUAAUUUUUACACGAGACCUGGGCGAAAUCACCGAUGGGCGAUUUUAUUUCAAUCGUUGCUUUCUUAGACAGCGCUGUUUUAUUUCUAGGUUGUCUGACUCUGAUUUCUACAGCUCUACCGGGAGACGCAGACCCAAGGUUAGUAAACUGAAAGUUAAACUGUCAAAUGUUCAGUUAAUACUGUGUUCCAUUUCAACCGUAUCGUCAAGAAGCUCUCGGUUUCAUUAGCACUUGAGCGAAAAUAUUGACGGUUCGUCGAAAGAACAGGAAUUAGCUGGAGACAAUGGUAUUAAAACUGUUUACAACCUGGCAUCACUUUUUUCAUAGGCUGAAUGACUGAAUGAGUAGUACAUUUCCCUAUGAUGACUGAUAGUAGUACAUUUUCCUAUGAUGACUGAUAGUAGUACAUUUUCCUAUCAUGACUGAUAGUAGUACAUUUUCCUGUCAUGACUGAAUGAGUAGUACAUUUUCCUGUCAUGACUGAUUGUAGUACAUUGACAAAGUGAUUUUAAAAAUAAACGUUUCUCCAAACCGAGAAAAUCAAAGCUAAGGUUUAUGUAAAUGAACAUGAUUUUUUAUCACACAUUUAAUCACCGACACGGUAGUGAUUUCCUUUGUCUUUUCUCAUGAAUUAUUGAUGAGUUUUUUAAUUCCAUGUAGUUUUCGAAGCUUCUGAUAACUAUCGUUUUUGUUUAGCCGAAGAGCAAUAUUUAUAGUAAACGUACCAAGUUGAAGCCGCCAAGUCAAAAAUUGCGAAAGAGAAAGGGGUCUAACAAUAGUGACAAUGAUGACGUCAUUAUGUCUGCGGAAUCCGCUUUGCUCAUGGAACAAAUUCUUGAAGAAGAAAAAGUUUGUAUAUUUCAUCACGGCAGAUUAUUGUAGAAUCAUGACUAACUACAUUAACCCUUGUUUGAGAUAUCUUUGUUUCAAGUAGUUGAGACACAAACCACGACGGCUUAUUGUAGAAUACUACCUACACUUGACCCCCACGUUUGACAUAUCUUUCUCAGGACGUCCAGACACAAACCAUGGCAGCUUAUUGUAGAAUAUUACCUACACUGGACCAUCUCGUUUGAUACUGUAGAAUGAUUAAGACUUAUAAUAUAUCACAACUCUUCCAGAUUGAUCAUAGUUAGAUAAUUGAAUGAUAUUGAAGACGAUCUCUAUUUUUUAGCGCCUCAGAGAAGGCAUGAAGCCAUGGCUCAAAGGCCGCCUGGCUUUAUCUCAGCAGAACAGUCGCUUUGAAAUUCCAAUGGAUGUUCGCUUGCUUGAAAGUGAGUGCUAUACUACUUUUCUGUUUUUAUAUUUUUUCUUCGCUUAAGGAGCCAAAAUUAAUAAGUUGCUAAAUUUAUUUUAAACCUGAUAAAACAAUAUUAGUCCUCGUUUGUUGAACAAUUUCUAUCUGACUUUAAUUUUCAGCGAUGACCCCUAUGGAGUAUCUAACGAAGUACUGUGUAAUAAGGUGAUCUUUUCUUCUUUAUUUAAUCAUUUUAACUUUUGCAAAGAAACUUUGCCAUUAAUAGCCAGUCUGAUUGAAGUUUCAUUGAACAUCUUUUACAGCAAGAGGAGAAAAGCAUUGUAUCAACAUGUGUUUCAAAAAGUUGACAAAAAUCGCGACGGAAUCAUUACUUUUACCGUAUGUUUUUUUGUUGAUUUAAAAAACUUAACUAACGGCCUAUUUCCACUCAAGAAAAAAUUCCGCGGACAGAAAAUUCCCCGAAAAUGUCAUUGUUUAAAGUUGAAAAUUUUCAACUUCAACACUUUUUCGACGGAAACUUUGCGUCGGCCAAUCACAAGUUACAAAAUUUUCUUUCAGGGAAACAUUUUACUCAGUGGAAAUAGGCCUUAACUUUAUUUAGUGUUAUAUAUUACACUGGAUAGCUCCAUCAGUUUUAAUUUGCAGAGUUCUCCCGAGAAGUCUAGUAAGAGUAAUCCCUUAUCGAUCCAGUGCAAGUACAGGAGGAAGGCGGAGUGUCGGAGUAUCCGAGGAAAACCUGCGCUGUUUUUUGUGUAGAGUCAAACGAGAAAGACUCGUCCCGGCGCGUCUGACUGAGUGUCUUGCUUUGAUGCUUUCCCUGUAUAAAUUAAUUGCAGGAAUUAGAAAAAGGUUUGAAAGAUGUUCAUACGGGAAUUUUGGAUUCUCAGCAUGUCGAAAACAUUGUCGAGGUUUGUGUUUUGUAUGGAUUUGUUUCAAUAAGCGUUAUCGUGCGGGAGAUGGUAGCCUUUCAUCCGGAAGUUACUAUAGACUUUGCCCAUUAAGCCCAUGGUCACAAAACAACGAUAAAGGUUGUUUACACUUGAAAUUUUUGCUGCGAUUCUUCUGAUGCAGUGAAAUCGACUGUAACGAUACAAUAACUUGUAAACACGCGAUGAUUGGGUCAAAUAAAUUAUGUUGGUGUCCACAUGCCUACAACGAAAACGAUAAAAUUAUCAUUUGCAUGACGAUAACGCUAAUGAUUUUAAAAUCGCUUAUCCGAGUGAUUACUUUUUUUCAGUCGAACGAUAACGAUAACUUUUUUGACCAAUCAGCGCACGUAUACAAGUUAUCAUAUCGUUAUCGUUGUGUGGUGUGACCGGGCCUUAAGCGUCUGUGAGCAGGCUAUAGGCAAUUAUAGGAGUGAGAAAAUCAUGUUAAGUAAUUCCAUUAUAUGUAAUGUAUAAUAUAUGUAAAAAGUAAAAUGUACUUUAAUUUACUUAGGUGAAGAUUUAUUUAAGAUGAUGGUCUUUGAGUUUGUCCAUACUUCGCAACUGAUAUCGAAAGAACUAGACUGGGUUUCGAAAUAUCACCCACUUGAACCGACUUCGUAAGAAGAUUUAUUUAAGAAGAUGCUCUACUCAGAUGGUAGAGCAUUGGACUAGCAAAUCCAAAGGUCGCGGGUUUGAUUCCUACCGUGGUCAAGCAAACUUUUCAGCUUGCCCGGUAUGGACACACUCAGAGAGCAUCAUCAUUAAUGUACUUUAAUUUUCUAAAGUUAUUAACCUUGUUCUGCAACGUAACGCUUAUGCAAACCUAUAUACCAAUGUACGUAUUUGCAGUUUCUAAUAUAAAUGUAGUUCUUUUAAAAUGAGGUUUUAUCCUUGCUAUCUUUAGAUGGUUCUUAUUGAUAAAGAAGAAGAUUUCGACCUCAAGAAGUUCUCAGCAAUUGCCGCUUUCUCCGAAAGGAUUUCAUGCAAGGACCAGUUACCGUGAGUCAUUUGACAAUUUAGUCCCACUAUGCAAAUUCAAAAUUAUUAUCUUUAUUAAUUUAUUUAGAAAUUGAUUGUUUUCAUCUUGUAUGAAGAAACUGCAUCAAAUACUAGAGUCAAGAACUUAUUUAGGCAAUCAACUCUGGAAAUGAUAAUCUUACGUCUUUUCCAAGCUGUUUUAUUGUUCCACUGUUUGGUCCUCAACGAGUCAGAAGAACAUUUGUAAACUUAAGACAGUGCAAAAUUUUGCUGCACGCAUAAUGACAGGAUCUCAAAAAUACGACCAUAUAACACCUGCUUUAAAGCAACUGAAAUGGCUUCCCGUUGAGAAUAUCUUGUAUCUCCGGGAUUGCGUUAUGACGUAUAAAUGUAUGAACAAGUUAGCACCUGAUUACCUAUGCCAAAAGUUUGUUACUCGUUCUGAAAUUAGUAAUCGCGUAACACGGCAGAGUAAACAACUACAUAAACCUCUUUGUAGAACUUCUAAAGCUCAAAAGUUUUUUUUUAUACAGGGCUUCCACAAUUUGGAAUAGCCUUGACGACUCACUAAAAUCUAGAAUGACAGUCCAAAGUUUUAAACUUAAUAUAAAGAAAAAUCUUCUCACGGAUUUCUUAAAUAAGUAAUCCUCUACAAAUGUAAAUUUGAACCAAUGUUCCAUAUUGGAUUUUUUUAGAUAUCAUAGCAUAUUCGCAAACUUAAACCUUUGUAAAUAUAGCGAUAUAUAGUUGGUAAUAUUAAGAAGCACUGUAAAUUAGAGCUGAAAAGCCUCUCGAGGAGCAUCUAAUAAAUCAUGUAUGUAUGUAUGUAUUGUUUUCACAGUCAAUGAACAUGAAAAUAUUUGCAUAGCGGGACUAAAUUGUCACCCGGGCUACCAACUUAAGUUGACUUUGUAUAAUUUUACCACUCCAAUUUUUGCAUAUUCUUCAAUUACAAAUUGAACUGUAUAUUUUUCAAGUAUCAAGUGGACAUGUUUUUUAUUCCAGGGUGGAAAUGCUGAACAAUUUCGAUGGGCAGAAAGAAGUCAUAGAGUGUGCUGAUUUUUUUGCGCUCAACUGGAAACUCGAUGGAAUUAAAGUAAACCUUUUUGUUUAGCGUGAUAACUUGUGUUAUAUAUUAGAUAUUUUCACAUUGGUCAGGGUAAAUGUGAUUGUUAAUGCUUCUACGUUUAUACGUCCUAGGUCAACCCUGAUGUGAAGAAAAUAUUGGAUUCUCUAUAG